AUGUUUUCACUUAUAAUUUUGAUUGUGUUAUCAAUAUUGUCAUAUCUUUUUACUGAUGAACUUAUACCAAAACUUAAAGAAUUAUUUAUUAAGGCUGGUAUUUGUGGAAUAGACAUGUGUAAAAAUAAUAAGGAUAAAAUCCCAGAAGCGGUUGGUGUUGUUUCCGGAUGUGUUUUCUUGGUAACAAGUUUUCUGUUCAUACCAAUUGUAUUUGGACGUAGCCUUAUGGACAGAGAACAUUUCCCUCAUAAUGAAUUUGCAGAAUUGCUAGCAGCACUACUCUCUAUAUGUUGUAUGCUUCUCCUGGGAUUUGCUGAUGACGUCUUGGAUUUAAGAUGGAGAUACAAGCUGAUCCUGCCAACAGUUGCAUCAUUGCCUCUUCUUGUUGUGUAUUAUGUUAAUUUUAAUUCCACAACAUUUGUUGUGCCAAUACCAUUAAGACAAUUCUUUGGACUAUCUGUGAAUAUAGGUUUUCUCUACUAUGUAUAUAUGGGAAUGUUGGCAGUAUUUUGUACAAAUGCUAUCAACAUACUUGCAGGGGUGAAUGGUCUGGAAGUAGGCCAGUCAGUGAUAAUAGCUAUGUCCAUCAUAGUUUUUAAUAUUAUAGAACUGCAAGGAGAUCAAUAUAAAGCUCACAGCUUCUCACUGCACAUUAUGAUACCAUAUUUAGCAACAACAAUGGCAUUACUAAAGCAUAAUUGGUACCCAUCAAAAGUGUUUGUUGGAGAUACUUUCUGCUAUGUUUCAGGAAUGACGUUUGCUGUAGUAGGUAUUCUUAGCCACUUUAGUAAAACUGUUCUGUUGUUUUUCCUGCCUCAAAUAAUUAAUUUUGUAUAUUCAGUUCCUCAGUUAUUCCAUAUCAUUCCAUGUCCAAGGCAUAGAUUACCUAAAUACAGCGGGGAGACUGACCUGCUACAAGCAAGUAAAACUUUGAUUGAUAAGAAAGAUUUAAAUCCGAUAAGUAAAUUAAUAUUAAGAGUAUUUAGUUUCUUACAUUUAAUUGAUAAGGUUGAAGAUGAAGUAAGUAUAACAAUAAAUAAUAUGACAUUAAUAAAUCUGUUUAUUAUAAAACUAGGCCCAAUGUCAGAACUAAGAUUAACUGUUAGCUUAUUGAUGUUUCAAACAGUCUGCACAUGUGUAGCAUUUCUAAUAAGAUAUCCAAUGGCAUCAUAUUUUUACGACACAAAGUUAUGAUCUAUAGAACUUUAUUUUUCUUUAUUCCAUAGACUAUGGUGAUUGAUUAGUUUGUCUAUUGUUUUUCUUGUUUGUACAUGUUUAAUAAUUAACUUAUAUAGUUUGUGUCUAUAUUUUGUGUGGUGUAAAUUUAUAAGUUGUUUUACUUUAUUUUUAAAUAUUUGGCAAACUGUUAAUCACAGAGUGAAUAUCUAUGUUUUUUGCAAGUUA